UGAAAUCACGACACACCUAUUUGCACUGGAUGUAUCGAACCCAGUGCUCUCUGGAUGCUAUUAUGAUUUAACUAAACCUGCAUGCCCUCAUUAUUUUUUUCUCCUUGUGUUUAUGUGGGGAUUUCUUUAAACUAACAAUAGUUGAUUUUUUUUUUUACCCCCUUUUGAAGGAAGGAUGGCAUAUUGGGCCUCUGUCUUUGUCUUGGCUGCACUGUGGCCCGGCGCUUUGUCUGUGACACGGUACUCCAUUGCCGAGGAGAUGGAGAGGGGUUCUGUUGUGGCUAAUCUUGCUGCGGAUUUGGGACUUGAGCUCGGCCGUUUGGCACAACGAGAGGUAAAACUCGAUAUCUUCACAAACAAAAAAUAUCUAGACUUUAACAAAAAGACUGGGGAGCUUUACAUCGUUGAAAGAAUAGACAGGGAAUAUCUUUGCCCAGCGAAGCCAACUUGCUUUUUAAAGCUUGAUUUCAUCAUCGAGACCCCGCUGCGCAUCUUCAACAUUGAGCUCGGAAUAACAGAUAUAAAUGAUAACGCUCCACAUUUCCGAAGAGACAGAGUAGAACUGGACGUCUCAGAAUCCGCUACGCCGGGGGAGAGAUUCUCACUGCCCAAUGCUGUAGAUCCAGAUGUUGGCAUAAAUACGAUUAAAACAUACAAACUUAGCACCAGUGACCAUUUUACCAUAGAAAUUCAGACUGGCAGUGACGGAACUCAAUAUGUAGAUUUGGUAUUAACGAAAUCGUUAGACAGAGAGGAUAAAGCUGUGCAUAAAUUAAUCCUGACCGCUGUGGACGGAGGUGUCCCUGUGCGUUCAGGUACUGCCAACAUUAUCGUCAGAGUACAAGACACAAACGAUAACCCUCCUCAGUUUGACAAGCAGACGUACACAGUAAAUAUGGCAGAAAAUACUCCGAUAGGAACUCUGGUCGUUAAUCUUAACGCUACUGAUCUUGACGAGGGGAGUAAUUCAGAGAUUGUGUACUCUUUCACUCUUUACACGUCUGAAAAAACGCAAGACGUCUUCACACUGAAUCCCAAUACAGGAGAGAUAACUGUAAAAGGAACGAUAGAUUACGAAGAUAUGAAAUUUUAUGAGAUGCAUAUUGAAGCAAAAGACAAAGGAGCACACCCUCUGCUGGGGCAGUGCAAAAUAGUGGUUCAUGUGACAGAUAUGAAUGACAAUUUUCCUGAAAUUACUGUACAGUCUGUGAAAAACACAGUACCUGAGAAUGUACCUGUGGGAACCGUUAUUGCGCUGGUAGGCAUAAGCGACCGAGACACUGGUGAUAACGGAAAAAUAAAGAUCUUCAUACAAGAGGCCAUGCCGUUUAUUCUUAACAAAUCAUCAGAUAGACCCACACAUUAUAACCUGAUAGUGUCUGAGCCAUUAGAUCGGGAAAAAGUACCUGAAUACGACAUAACACUAAUUGCUAGAGAUACAGGAACACCUCCCCUAUCUGACAAUGAAACAAUAACCGUGCACCUGCUGGAUGUUAAUGAUAAUGCGCCACAAUUUCCCCAGUCAUUUUAUACCAUACGUGUGAUGGAGAAUAAUGCACCUGGCUCCUUGCUCAGCUCACUCACUGCAUUUGAUCCBGACCUCCAUGAAAACCAGUAUCUAGUUUAUUUCAUCAUAGAGAAGGAGAUUGCCAACACCUCCAUGUCUAUGCUGUUCUCCAUCAAUCCAGAGAACGGGAAUCUUUAUGCACUGAAAACWUUUGACUAUGAGAUUGAGAAGGAGUUUCUUUUCCACAUCGAGGCCAGAGACUCUGGUUCUCCUCCUCUCAGCAGUAAUGUGACCGUCCACAUCAUCAUUGUUGACCAAAAUGACAACGCUCCAGUUAUUGUCUCUCCUUGGCGUGCUCACGGCUCACUGGUGGAGGAGAAGAUCCCCAGAUCCACUGAUAAAGGAUCCCUGGUGGCUAAAGUGAUCGCCUUAGACACAGACUCUGUGCACAACUCUCGGAUUUCCUACCAGUUUCUCCAGGUGACUGAUGCUUCCUUGUUCAGCUUGGACCAAUACAACGGAGAGAUCAGGACUAUGAGGAUGUUCAGUUACAAAGACUCCCGCCACCACAGACUGGUUGUUGUUGCCAAGGACAACGGGGAGCCUGCUCUCUCUGCUACAGUCACCAUCAAGCUGCUGACAGUGGAGACUGAUGUUAAGGCCUACUCUGAUAUGACUGAGAUGCCUCUGGAGUACGACAUCUUUUCAGACAUCAACCUGUAUCUGGUCAUCGGUCUGGCCUCGGUGUCAUUUCUCCUGCUCAUCACCAUACUGGUCACCAUCGUGCUGAAGUGUCAGAAAGCCAAGCCCAGCAAAACUGCUCCUCCCAGCAGGAACAGUGUGAUCAGUGAGAGGAACUCCACCAUCGCAGACUCCACUCUGGUCUCCAAUGAUGCCUACUGGUACAGUCUGUUUCUAGCAGAGACCAGGAAAGGAAAGCUGGUGGUCAGACAGCCUGUGCCAAAGGGCUCCAGAUAUAUCGUGUCCAGCAUCCCGAGAGGGACAGGAUUGUCAGAGACUAGUGACUCAGCUGCUUCUACUCUGCAGUACCCUAAAUGAGGAAGGUCCACUCAGCAGCUGGAGGAAUCCACUACAAGCAGCAACAGCUCCAAGUAAUUCCAGUCCUUCAGCUGUGGAUAGGAUUUUCGCCAACAGCAAACGCCUGGUGGAAGAAAAGAGGAACUCCGUUCAGAGAUCCACCCCCAUGGAUACGCCCUCCUUUGUCUCGUUCCCGUUCCUUACUCUGUGCAGUCGUCAUGCAGCCCAAAUGAACCGGACCAGAAAACAUAACCCUGCACUCCCCCAUUCUUUGAACACACAUGAAAAGCAGAUCAACAAUGCCCUGAUGUCCAUACCUAUAUGCAUGAAUAGACUGCAUGGCUUCAACUUAUAUUUAAAGUAUUGUAAAGAUGAGGUACUGACAAAUGUGCAUUCUUAAGUUUGAACAGAAGGCACAACUAGUAUUCCAAGAGAGGACACGGAAAGGUUGGAAUGCCCUUAGAGACUUUUGACGUUUAGUAGAAGGAAGCACAUGUUGGAAUCUACAAUUGAAUCCUUUGUGCCCCUGCCUUGCGCCAUACAAACACUGACGUAUAAUAUCAGAGGUAACAUACAGCACAACUAACUAAAUGUUCAAGAAGCAUUGAAUCAAAUCAAAAGUAAUUAAAUAGAAUCAGCAUUUUGUAAAUGUGUUUACUGUUAGCUAAUUCAUGUUUACUUGUGUUUUAUAAGUUAGCCAGGCCUACAUAUGUGAAAGUGCCAAGUCCAUCAUAAGCACAAAAGAAUAGAAUUGAGGUCUUUCUUCUUCAGCCAUCAUGCCUUUCAGUUGUUUUCUGCAAGAAACAAUAGAGUAACGAGUAUCAAGUGUGUUAUUUUCUGUAAUUAGGACAGACAUAUUUUUUGUUGUUCUUUUAACAGAGAUAAACAAUUAUAUUUUAUGGGACCAGAAUCAUGCGGUGCGAUGUUUUGUUUUGUUACCUUAGUUUUUGAAUGAAGCAGCACAAUUACGGCUUAGUUUAUUCACAAAUGUAACAUUUCUCAUAACAUAAAGUUUAAAUGUCACCAUGUUUGAAAGUUUUGGUUACUUGAACAUUGUUAAAUAAGUCUUGGGGCUUCAGUGAGUGAGCGACCACGAGAGAACAGACUGAUUCAUUAUAUGAACUGUAUUUAUAUUACGAUUUACUUAUUUCAGUUUACAAGCAAAGCUCUUUGAGUUAGCUUAAUUUCGGUAUAUUCAGUGGUGCAGCCUGUUGACAUUUAAUGUUGACUUUACAAAACUGGAACGGCAAAUUGUACCUGUGUUUUAUUUUCAUUCAAUGAAAGCUGUGUUUAUGUAUUUUACAAUAUUGUAUGCAUCUCCUUAAGGAAUUCAAACACACAUGCAACUAACAUAAGAGAAAUACUCACAUGCCUCUUUAUUAAUAUGCCUUUUUUUAAUCAUCAGUAAAGGAUUUUUAAGCCUCUUUAAUGUGAACAGAAUUAUGUGCCAUCAUAUUUAAGUCUGUGUAAGCAGGAACACAACCAUGUUGUCAAACUCUUUAGUACGACUUGUGUUUCUAUCUGGGUGUAAUGUGUUGAAUCAAAACAUAUGGUAAAUGCUUUUGUACGGUGUUCCUUUCAUGGUGCAACAUGUAGACGGUGUGAGUUAAUUGUAUACUGUAGUCUGUAUGAAUUACUACAAAUAAAAUAUAACAAUAAAAUCUCA